AGAGGCUCCCAUCGAGCAGCUAUGGAGCUCAGAAACCGUCGCUCUUGUUUGGCUAUGGGGGGAGGGAGCUGCGGACUGUGCAGAAGCCCAGGGUCGUCUCAUCGGAUUUUUUUUUAUUGUGUGUGUAUUUUUAGAAGCAUGAUUGUGUGCGCAGGAACUCCUUCGUUUAAAUUAUUAGGAAUUAAUGUCUUCCGACAUUUUCAUGAGCAGUGAUCCAGGUGAGUAGCAGUAUAAGGCUGCUGGCUGUGACUCUGCUGCAAAGGCUCGUCGAUUCAGGGACGAGCGUAUGCUAGGUUGGAAAGAACUCCAUUUCGAUCAAGUGAUUGCCAGUUUUUGGCUGCUGUCGAGACGUGCUGGAGUUGAAUUUGGAGGAGUUUAUUCGGUGCGCUGCACAGCUCGUUGAGAUUGUGGUUUAGACAUGGAUUGUGGAUCGGGUUUAUUAGUGAUCUUGGAUUGGAGUUGAUUGCCUUGUGAGUUAUUGACGAGUCGGAUCCCGAGGUCAGGUUUAUUUAUAACAGGGGACGCGCUCGGGACUUCGUUACAGGUCACCAGGUUUGCUUCGUUUUUUCGGUACAGGCCCCUGGAGGCCUCCGUCGUUUGUAACCUUUUAGAUCGAGGUUUUAUGGAAUGUCCGUGCAACAUCAGAAUUGUGUUUGUUUCUCAUCUUAUCUACUUGCAUUUGCAACCCCUUUCCCCGAUACAAUACUUGAUUGAUUUAACUGGUGUAGGUAAACCUGAUGACAUUAAAUGCCCUGAAUCUUCAUCUCUUGAAGGAGGAGCCGUAAAGGACGAAUGUAGCGAAAAAUAAAUCCUGAUACUACCGCAGCCCCAGCCACCAGGAAGUAUUGAAAUCAUGCGUGAAUGUAUCUACUGCUUUAGCUGUAGGGGACAUGGACAUUCGGCUGUUACAUUUUUCUCCGCUAGGCAAUUGAUACACUGUGGUCUGAUUUGUUUCACUGGUGCGCUUUAAUGUGUGACUUAAACUUGCGAAUGUUAAGUGAUCAAGCAGGUCUUUGUUCGAGGAAACUGUUAAAUUUAACACGAGGAAGUUUUCAUGGCUCAGAAUGUAGAACGUAACAACCAACGGAUGCGCAGGGUACACACUGGGCAGAUGCAAAAAAACUGGUUUGUUCCGGACUUCUAAAUGAUGUAAGUGGAAGAAUCUCAUCUUGUUAAUUUCUUUUAUUUGAAGACUCUUCAAUUCAGCCGAGAUGUCAUUCUCGUGUCAUAAAUAGUUGCUGUUCUGCAUGAGGGCACGUGGGGUUUUUGUUGAUUUGAAGCUUUUAAUUGCUGCAGUUGAUAAUUCUACUCGUUCACUCCUGGGCAGUUCUUGUAGCUUUGAGUUUUGAGGGUUUAGAGUGUUCUGUGAUUAGGGUUUGAGCAAUCUGCACCUGUACUGACAUGGAGAAAUCCUUUUAUGUCGCUCUUUCCUUGUGUGUGAGGUCAUCAUGGAAUUUCUUCUUGGCUUCACUUUUCUCUAUGUUAUAUGCAUGAUUUCUCACUGAAUACUUGUUUUUUGUUUUUUGUUUUUUGUUUUUAAUCUAAUAUCGUUUAAUUGAUAGGUGAUAACUUCAAUAACUUGCAGGGCUCGAGGUUUUCGUGCCACAUUAUUACCCUGUGUUGCUAUUAUUGCCUGAGGCGUAAUUUACAUAUUGUAAAGAUUUAGCUAAUGUGUAUGGUCCAUGUUCUAUAAUGUCCGUUGAUCUACCAGCGCUUGGUUUUCCAGUACCUAAAAUACUUCCGCAGUAAUUCUACUCCCAGCUACUCACGAUGGGCGGGGAUCCUGAAAUGUGAAACGGCUCCAUAUUUCUGAACGGGUUUUCUGUUAUGUACCAUGAGCUAUAUUAUUUCGAGGACUUGCUUUUUUCCUGUCGCUGCAGAUUAGCGUGGAAUCGUUUUGAGACUUGUAUUAUAAAUCCUCCUUACAUCAGGUGGACACAAUGCAGCUUUUGCUGCUUGUAAGAUCUUUCGAGUCAUGUAUUGCAAUUGCUUGCAUUACAUGAUGCAUUUUUAUAAUGGAUAAGUUAAUAGAAGUCUGUUUGAGGAUCAUGCUGCUGCAAUUGUCAUUAUCAAGUAUAACGUGGGAGAUUUCAGGGCUCCUUUUGUGGGUUGUGUUCGUAGAUUGGCAGCUUCAACCGUGAUUGAUCUGGGGGUCCAAAUGGUGACUUUCCGUCACUAGCUUUGUCUCUGAUUAUAGAUGGUGAAUCGGGGAGAAUGUUAAUACGAAGUGAUAAUUCAACCGCUGAACUGCUACGAAUAUCACCAAAAGACACGAGCACAGUAAUCUAUGAAGACCUGCAUUAGAACGUUGACUACUUAAGACAACCAGUGUAGCAUGCAUCUGAUAAGUUGUGACUUUGUAUUUUAUUGUUUAUAUUAUAAGCUCGACUUAUUCCCAGAACCGACACAGAAGAUGUUUCAGCAACUGGUGCUGUGUACGACAAUAUCCCACGAAUAUCUGUUGAAGCUGUCAAAGUGCACGGACACGGUCGUUUCAGUGGGAGCAGUAGUAAUGAGGGGGAGCGGUUUGGGUGUUUUGUGACGAGUUCGGGGGCCAGCUUUCUCUGCAUUCAAUCAAGCGGAUGAUCUUUGCACAAAGGGGUUAGAAGAUGGGUGACAACAGAGAAACUCAUACGGGAAACAAGUCUGUCACGGAAGCGAGGGGUUUUGAAUCCUUAAUGCAAGAUUCUAAUCUUUCCGAUGAUAUGCCCCCACUUCAGGUGAUGGUUGAUGAUGAUGGGGGUGUCUCGGCAGAUCGCCCUCGUAAUCACAAGGCAGACACACCACUGAGGGUAGCAGUUCACAAUAACGACGAUGGGGACGAGAAUAUGUCAGAGGAGGAGCAGGAGUCGUCAGAAGAGCACGUAGGAGGAUAUGAGCGCGAGGAAGAGGACGAGGAGGAGGGUGGAGAAAAUCCUAUGGAGGAGCCAGUGGUGGAAGAGCCUGACACGCUGUCAAACCUGCGUAUCAUCGCUCAUGUCACGGAUGGCAUGUCAGAUUCUGAUACAGGGGAGCAGUUAGCUUUCCCUGAAGAGCACGAUGAUGACGAGAGCGACGAGGAGCAUGGGGAAGCCCAUGAAGAUGCUCCUGAGGAGAAUCACAGAGAGGACCUUGAUAGAACCCGUGAAGAUGUCUAUUGCGUAAUCAACGAAGAAACCCAGGAAGAUUAUGAUGACAACGACGAAGUGGAUCAUUAUGAGAAGAAUGGGGAAAAUCAAGCAGUGGCUUAUGUAUAUGGUUAUGAGGACUCUCGUGGAGAAACCUAUGGGGAUCAACAGCGUGAAGAUGAUACGGGCCUACAGGAAUAUGAUCCAGGAUCGAACCAACCCCUGAAAGCCGAGGAGUUGCAAGACCUCAUUAAUCUUGCCGAGGAGUUCGAAGGUGAGAAUACUGAAGAAGGCGAAGAGCUAAUCAGUAUGAAUGGAGCAGCGCAUAUGGAAGGAAAUGUUCUAGAACGAGCAGCAGGUGGGGAUGAAGGCAACAGUGAGCAGCAAGCUCAGAAGGACGAGACUCACUCGAAAGAGGAGUUGCGGCAAGCAGAUCAUUCGUAUGGUAUGACAAUUAAGAACCAUAGAGAUCCUAAACUAACUAAACGGCCACUAGGAAAUAUUAUUGGAAAGAAGAAAGCUCCUUCGUUUGUUGCACAAGGUAAAUUAGCCAGACCAUCUACUCCCUCUGUUUCUGGUGCUCAUCCUGCAUCGGAUGGACCAUCUGUGAGGGCAUCGCGUGCUAAAUUGACAGUGCCACAGCCUUUCCGUCUGGCAACGGAGAAGAGAGCGUCCUUGGGAGGACGUCCGGCGGAGACAGAAGCACCUAGGCCACGUACCUCUAGUAGCCUGGUCAGGAAGUCCCAUCCAGCGUCUGCUGCGAAGACUGUCAGGAAUUUUGGAGGAAUCAGAGCUACUUCGACAGAGAUCUCGAAGGAAGACCAGGACGCGCUUAAGACGUUGGAGAAAGAUAUGGAGGCGAAACUGGAGGAGGAGAUGGCUGCUCUUAGUAUUAAGUCCGGGAAUGCGUCCGGGUUUAGCUUCAAAAGUGACGAGCGGGCAGAGAAGCGACGAGAGUUCUACUCCAAAUUGGAAGAAAAGAUGAAAGCCAAGGAAGAAGAGAAAAGUCAGAUUCAGGCCAAGAGCCAAGAAGAGCUGGAAAAUAAAAUGAAGCAAUUGCGAAAGAGUCUUACUUUCAAGGCUACUCCCUUGCCAAGCUUUUAUCAAGAAUCAGGGCCACCGAAAGCAGAAGUGAAGAAAAUUCCCCCAACUCGGCCGAAGUCUCCUAAACUCACCUCUGCAAGGAGAGGCAGCCUGAUGGGAGAUCAUGAAGGCUCAAAAUCUCCAGUGGCGAGGAUCAAGAGCGACUUAAGAGAUCGCGCAUUAUUUCUGCAUCAAAAACCUGCUGAUUUAGCCGACGAAAAAAAGCCAGUCAAUAUCAAGAAGCCAGUGACUAAAGUUCCGUCCACGGACAAAGGUGCAAUACGUCCCAAGGCCAAUGGUAGUGCCGAAAAAGAAGCAAAAGCGAAAGCAGCUAGUGUUCUGCCUUCUCCCCGAAAAACGCCCACCUCGGUGAUUUCAGAGCCUCGGACAAACAGGGCUGAGGGACAGGUACAGAGAGUUGAUAGAGGGAGGAGGACAGAUCUUAGGAGGUCUCUACAGAAUGGCGUAACUUCAACUGAUCGUGUUAAGAGUUCUGAUAGAGUUGAAAAUAGAAACUCUAAACCGUCUGGAAGAGUAGAGAAGGUGGACUCUAAGGAUGGGAUCAAGAAUUCACUACCAAGGCGUUCAAAACCUAAUGGGCCUACAACAUCUGGUUCAGGAUUAUCCAAACGUGACAUAGGGGAAGCUGAGCCUGUGAAGCUUGUAUUUACUACACCAAGCAAGGAUGAUCUGAUGAGUUUGGAAGCCGAACCUCUUAAGAUUGCGAUUGUUGAACCAACCGAGGACGAGCUGACACCAGUUGUUCUAGAUGUGGCAGUUACAUAGCGUGAGCGAGAGCGAGGGAAUGUACUGUUGUGAAGCUUCUGUAUAAGUUGUGAUAUUAGUGUUAUAUACUUCGAGAGUCUAUAAAGUAAAGUAGGGAAGCUGCAUUUUUGCAAGUAGUGAACUCAUUGUUAAUACCGCAAUGAAUUUCUGAACUGCUGGUAGCUCUUGUUGAAUUGACUGAGAAAUGCAGAUGUUCUUGCUGUGGUGAAUGAAUCAGUGCUUUCGAUAGAGAUGAGAUCUAAUCCUAAGAGUUCUCAUCACAAUCUUGUAACAUAUGAAGUGUACAAGUGAGCGCACAUGUGCAUUUUUUAUUAUUAUUAACAACUCCGGAUUUGUAAUCAA